UCUGUUCUCGAUACCCGAAGGUCCUCAGCCAUGGCGGCAAAUGGCAAUCACUUCACUGCUUUCCAACCUCUCCCUCUCUCCUCUCUCUCUGCAUCGAUUCCCCAAUCGCUUCUUUCCUGUUCCUGUGUGCGAUAGAUAGAUUGAUUGAUUGAUCGAUGCAUCCGCAGUCUCUUCUGGCUUCGGCCACCAUCAACAUAGGCAUGGCGUUCCUGGUACUCUCCCUCUUCUCCAUCUUCAAGAAGCAGCCCUCCACCGCCCCCGUCUACUACGCCCGCCGCCUCUCCCAGCGCAGUCGCGUUCCCUUCGAUCCUCCCCUCACCUUCCGCCGCUUCACCCCGUCGGUCUCCUGGAUCCUCAGGGCCUUCCGCGUCACCGAGGAUGAAGUCAUCGAGUCCAGCGGCCUCGACGCCCUCAUCAUCAUUCGCCUCUUCAAGUUCGGGAUCAAGUUCUUCGUGGUUUGCUCUCUUAUCGGAGUGGUAAUACUUCUCCCAGUUAAUUACAAUGGUCAAGAUGGUCCACCUCUGAGCUACAAUUCCUUGGAUGCUUUUACCAUAUCCAACAUUAGGAGAGGCUCUAACAGGUGUUCUUUCCCCAUGAUUGCCAGGCUUUGGGUCCACUUUUCAUGCUUAUGCUUCAUAUCUUUCUAUGGAUUGUACCUAUUGAACAGGGAAUAUUAUGAGAUUUUGUCUAGGAGGAUUCAGAGACUUCAACAUAUAAGACAUCGACCGGACCAGUUCACUGUUCUAGUUCGGGGAAUCCCCUUCUGCCCUGAGCACAAGGCUCGCAGUUGUCAUGUUGACCACUUCUUUUCGAAACAUUAUCUUGACAGCUAUAGUUCCUAUCAAAUGCUGUAUCAUGGAAGCGAUAUUGAGGGCCUAUUGGACCAGGCAAAAUCAACCGCGAAGAAGAUAGAGGAACUUAAGAAGACAUCCACAGUAAAGAGACAUGAUAAGGAACUCUUACUUGAAAAUGGAACUCGAGAAGAUUUUGCCAAAAUAGCAUUGCAUGAGGAGAAGCUUCAGGAACUUUCUCGUAAGGUACACCAGUUGCAGAGUGAAAGUGUACUGAAAGGAAAGGAACUGGCUGCCGCCUUUGUUACUUUCAGGUCACGUCAGGGGGCUUCUUUAGUUGCACAGUCACAGCAGCAUCCACAUCCACUUUUGUGGAUCACUGAAACGGCUCCAGAACCUAGAGAUGUAUCAUGGAAGAAUCUGGCUAUUCCGCACAGGAUCUUGCCACUGAAUAAAAUCUUUGUCAUUCUUGCAUCCACGCUGCUUACCCUGUUCUUUGCUGUCCCAGUAACUGCUGUCCAAGGAAUAGCAAAAUUUGAGAAACUUAAGGAAUGGUUUCCUCCUGCCAUGGCUGUACAGUUGAUUCCAGGAUUAAGGUCCAUUGUGACAGGUUAUCUUCCAAGUGUUAUUCUCAAUGGGUUCAUAUACGUAAUCCCAUUUGCAAUGCUCGGCAUAGCUAAACUAGCUGGAUGCAUAUCAAAGAGCAAGGAGGAGUUAAAAGCUUGUAACAUGGUUUUCUACUUUCUAGUGGGUAAUGUAUUCUUCUUGAGUCUGCUAUCUGGCUCCUUGCUCGAUGAGAUAGGAGAAUCCGUGACUCACCCGAAGAACUUCCCUAGUCAUCUUGCCAGGGCUGUCUCUGCUCAAGGAGAUUUCUUCACUACAUACAUUUUGACCGAUGGGCUUUCAGGUUUUUCUUUAGAAAUACUUCAACCAGGAUUUCUCCUGUGGGAUACAGUAAAGUCCCUCACAUAUGCUCGCGGGAAGGAGAAAAAACCUUACCUUUAUUCUUUCCCUUUCUUCCGAGUUAUCCCGGUGGCAUCUCUGGCAGUUUUAAUCGGAAUGGUGUAUGCUGUGGUUGCACCGCUGCUGCUGCCAUUUCUCAUUUGCUACUUCUGUUUAGGUUAUGUUGUCUAUGUAAACCAGAUCCAAGAUGUCUAUGAGACAGUCUAUGAUACAUGUGGAAAGUACUGGACAUGCGUUCAUCAUUACAUAAUUGUCGCCAUUAUUCUUAUGCAAGUCACCAUGAUUGGCCUCUUUGGUUUGAAAUCAAAGCCAGCUGCUUCUAUAUGCACGGUUCUACUUCUUUUGCUGUCGCUGCUGUUCGAUAGAUACUGCAAGAUCCGUUUCUAUCCCACAUUUCGUCAUUACACAGUUCAGAAUGCAAGAGAAAAUGAUGAACUCGACAAAAAGAGUAACCUGCUGCAAGAGAAUUACCAGAACGCCGUAACUGCAUACCGCCCUCCUUUUCUACGGCCUGUGGAGUUCGUGGGGUCUGAGUCGAGUUCCACGCAACCAUUAGUGUCUACAUUGUAGUUUAUAUACUCGAACAUCUGUCUUCCCUUAAUUCUCUCUGUAUUUCCCGUUAGUGACGGGAGAUCAUUACUUCGUAAAACUAUAGUGCACAGUUGAAACAGUUGGAAUGAAAUGUGUUGUACAUAGAUGGAGAACUACAUUUGCAUAUCGAUUGAUCGAUUCAACUCUAA